GUUUCUUUCACCGCCCCGCCGGGUUCACACUCGUCGCCACUGAUCAAUCGGUCAUUUCAGCGGCUCGCUAGACGGUCUUGAGGUUACAGAUGGACCAGCAGGACCAGUCCUAUAUGUUUGCCAGUCUGAAACGGCCUCACUCGGAGCAGUUGCUGCAAGGUCUGCAGCUCUUGCGGCAGGAUCACGAGCUAUGUGACAUUGUCCUGCGUGUGGGUGAUGCCAAGAUCCAUGCCCACAAAGUCGUGCUGGCCAGCAUCAGCCCAUACUUCAAGGCCAUGUUCACAGGUAACUUGUCGGAAAAAGAGACCUCCGAAGUGGAAUUCCAGUGCAUCGAUGAGACCGCCUUGCAGGCCAUUGUUGAGUAUGCUUACACUGGCACGGUGUUUAUCUCCCAGGAGACGGUGGAGUCUCUGCUACCGGCUGCCGAUUUACUCCAGGUGAAGCUCGUACUUAAAGAGUGCUGCUCCUUCUUGGAGAGCCAGCUGGACGCUGGGAACUGUAUCGGCAUCUCCCGCUUUGCAGAGACAUACGGCUGUCAUGACCUGUGCCUAGCCGCAACGAAGUUCAUCUGUGAGAACUUUGAGGAAGUUUGUCUCACGGAGGAGUUUUUUGAACUGACGAGAGUGGAGUUAGAUGAAAUAGUGUCCAAUGACUGCCUUAAGGUGGUCACAGAGGAGACUGUAUUUUAUGCCCUGGAAUCAUGGAUCAAAUAUGACGUGACUGAGAGACAGCAGCAUCUGGCUCAGCUGCUGCACUGUGUUCGCCUUCCUCUACUCAGCGUAAAGUUUCUCACUCGCCUAUAUGAAGCCAACCACCUUAUACGAGAUGACCGCGCAUGCAAGCACCUGCUUAAUGAGGCCCUCAAAUAUCACUUUAUGCCGGAGCACCGGCUCUCCUAUCAGACCGUGUUGUCGGCACGGCCACGCUGUUCCCCCAAGGUGCUGCUGGCAGUGGGAGGCAAGGCUGGACUGUUUGCAACACUAGAAAGCAUAGAAAUGUAUUUCCCUCGGACGGAUUCGUGGAUAGGUCUGGCCCCUCUCAGUGUACCCCGAUAUGAAUUUGGAGUGGCCGUGCUGAACCACAAGGUGUACGUGGUGGGAGGCAUCGCCACACACAUGAGGCAAGGCAUUAGCUACCGGAGACACGAGAGCACAGUGGAGAGCUGGGACCCCGAGAGCAACACCUGGUCCUCGGUGGAGCGCAUGGCCGAGUGCCGCAGCACACUCGGGGUGGUGGUCCUGGCGGGCGAGCUGUAUGCCCUCGGAGGCUACGACGGCCAGUAUUACCUCCAGUCGGUGGAGAAAUAUGUCCCCAAGUUGAAGGAGUGGCAGCCUGUGGCUCCCAUGACCAAGUCCCGCAGCUGCUUCGCCACCGCUGUGCUGGAUGGCAUGGUGUACGCCAUUGGAGGCUACGGCCCGGCCCACAUGAACAGCGUGGAGCGGUACGACACGAGCAAGGACGCCUGGGAAAUGGUGGCCCCCAUGGCAGAUAAAAGGAUCAACUUCGGAGUAGGCGUCAUGCUCGGCUUCAUAUUUGUGGUGGGCGGACACAACGGGGUGUCGCACCUGUCGAGUAUCGAGAGGUAUGAUCCACAUCAGAACCAGUGGACGGCCUGUCGGCCAAUGAAUGAAUCUCGCACUGGUGUGGGCUCUGCCAUCGUUGACAACUACCUCUAUGUGGUGGGAGGUCACUCCGGGUCAUCCUACCUGAACACUGUCCAGCGCUAUGACCCCAUCUCAGACAGCUGGUUGGACUCGAGCGGCAUGAUGUAUUGCCGAUGCAACUUUGGCCUGACUGCCCUUUGACCCAUGGCCCAGCCAGCUCGGACCCAUUAAGAGAACUUGGACACAAAGACGUUUCUUUUUUGUUGCCCCCUGCGCCUCCUUCCCCACAGUCAUCCUCCCAGGUGCAGAGGAGCGCUGCACACCAACGUGAACACCAGAGGAGAGGGAGGGAGAGAUGGAUGUGCCGGGCUGGCUGGCAAGAGGGAGAACUACAAACAUGGCUGCAGAGAUGAGAGGGCUGCAAAGUUGUGCGGAACAGAGAGGAGGUGAUUGGCCAGCUGUCGGCACGAGGAGACGACCGCUCUACUGCUGCUCGACCACGACGAGGACUCUGAGCCAUUUCCCAGAGGACUGUGGGAGAAAACACGUCGCUUUUGUUUAAACGAUUCUGUUAUGUUAGCAGACUCUUAUUUUCUUCUUCUUCAUGCCAUUUAAUUGUGUUCAACACUCAAAUCCUUUUUUUAGUUUAUUUUUUUAUAAUUUCCCUGCUGCAACUGGAACCGUGUGUUCAGAUUUUGUAGAACACCGCAGUUUGCGGAUGAAUUUGUAUGAAUUUGUGGUUGCUGGCCAUGGUGUGUGUGUCAGUCGGUGUGUGUGCUUGAGGGAUGCAUGUCGGAUAGGAUUGUUUUGUUACGUGUCGGGGUGCAGAGCUGAUGCUCGGGUGCAGUGACGCAGGUGUUCUGCAUCGAAAUCAGUGCUUCACAAAAAAGAGAAAAGUUGAAAUCUUUAUAUUUUCAAAAAGGGCUGCCUUUUUCUCUUGUAAAUAGUCUAAAUAGAAAAAUAUAUAUAUAGAUAUUAAUAUAUCCUCUAUUGCAUUGCCUGUAAAUGUUUUUCUGCACUGGGUCGUGUGUGUCCCCGUCCGGCCAAGGGUCCGCGUCGUGGAGACCAACUCUCCCGAGAGUGACUGUCACUAGUUUCUGCUUCAUCUUUGGAGACAUUUUAAAAUCCCCCAUGUUCUUGCUUUUGUUACAUCUUCCGAAGGUCGGUGAUGCACUUGCUCUUCACAAUAGUUGAAAUCGACCGUGGCCCUCUUUUCACCCUUUGGUCUCGACACAAUACCAACUGGUGCUAUAUUUAGGAUUCAGGAUUCAGCUGUUUGUCUGCGUUUCCUCACGCAAUGAGGUCAGCCUCUGUUCAGCCUCUGCUCCGUUACUGCGCAAGAUGUUCGUUAUUUGAUUUAAGCACAUGUAAUUGCGUGAAGGCUAUUGGCCAACCAUGCAAUAAACCUGAAAGGGAAGCCUGUGGUUGGAAAACCACAACAUUCUAUCCUCCAUAAAUAUCUAAAAAAAAGUCUGGAUAUUAUCUCCUGUCGUGCGUUUAGUUUAGUUUUUUAAAAUCCAGCCCAGUAAGCGAUCUCCUUGCUCCCAUCCCUGUAGCAUGGAUAUGACCAUGCUUUGUAAUUGUAUCACAGCCUCUUCCCGUUGUACUGUCACACUCUCUUGGCUAUGAACAAUGUUCUCCCCCCAGUGAUUGGGGCUAUCAAACAUGUGAGCCUGGUGUAGCUGCCGUCUUGCUUGCUCAGGCUGGAGGUAAUCGCUUCACCGCUUCAUUUGACGUGCCACAACAUUACUUUUGUUUUUGUGCAUCUUUCCCACCUCCCAGUGCUGGGAAUGACUUUCUUUUCGUCCUGAGUGCCACAGGUGAAAACAUUUAUGUUCUCAGCCUUAUUGCUAAUGUCUUGGCAUGACAUUCUUCCACAGUUUCAGUUAAGAGAAGGACGAUGAAGCACCAACGUCUGACGGCCAACUCGAGCCAUGUUCCCACUGGCCCAGUCCUGUGUCCUGGGAGGGAGACCAGAGUGUUCCCCUGGCUGUCCAGUCUUGUGUCCAGCUAGCAGACGGGUGACGCAAUGCACCGCACUAGAGGGCAUUCGAGAGGGCUAGGUGGGGUUUGUCUAGUUUAGUCACUUAACGGUCAAGCCUAGUUUGAGUUCCUUUGUGCACUGACGUUUGCACAAAGUGGAAACUUUAAACCAAGAUCUUCAUUGCACUUACCAAGCUAUUUGGACAUAUUUUUUUAAUUUAGGAUGAUGGCAUUUAGAUAAUGCAAUAAGACGUGUGUGUGUGUGUGUGUGUGUGUGUGUGGCUGUUGACACAUCCCAUGUCACCGUUGACUUUGCCUCAUGUCUUGUCAUUUUGUUGUGCAUGCUGGUUCAUUUGUUUGAGGUAGAUUUCAGAUGGAUUGCUAACACUUAUUUCAUUAAUGGCCAAACACCAAUUUUCUUUUUUUAAUCCAGCUAUUUUCACCACCUGUUCAAGUCUCCAGCAAUAGACGAGACGUUCUCUUCCGCUUGUACGACAACUGUGUUUUUGAAACAUUGGGGAAACCAUUGCUAUAUACAAGGACUUAAAUGACAUUUGAUUUGUUGCAGAUUCUUUGCGUCACCAUAGAGUACUUGCCUUUAUGAUUUCUAGUUUAUUUAAUAAGAGUAACGCAUAAGCAACUAAAACAUAUUUCCGAAAGUGUCUUUUUUUUUUUUUUUUAAGUUGUUUUUUAUUUAUAAUUUGUAUCGUUUGUCCUGUAACCUGAUUUAGUUUGCUAAUUGUGUCUAUUGUACUAGAUUGUCAAUCACUUGGCAGCCCCAGCACAGAUCACGCCGGCGUAAUUAUGUGCUGCACUCAUCUAUGUUCUGUACAGUCAUGACUUUCGAGGUGUAUCUUAACUACGUCUUUAAUGAAUCUUGGAGCGAUGAUGAUUAAAAUCUGCAAACGUGAAUCUGCAAAAAGAAGGGAUAUUAAAAUUGCGGUUGUAUGCAUUUUCUUUACGGCCUAACAAUGCCAUGUUUUUGCCACCACUCUCACCAAAGUGCUUGUUCAAAGAAAGCCGAUGGAAGACUAACACCUGGUCUGCAAUGGACUGGCACUCUAUUGUUUGUCUGGAAGAGAAAUCCUUUGAAACUGAUGUCAAUGUUAGCCAAAUGACCACUCUGCUUCUUUUACAUGUCCCAUUGUGUCUGGAGUAAGGUGGUGAUCUUGAAUUUUAUAUCCUGUGGAUUAAUACUGGAAGUACAAGAUAACCGUAGGUGUAGAAACAGUAGCUUUUCACAUUUGAUCAUGUUUUGAUUGAAGACAUUUUGCAUACAUUUUAGUCGGUUUGUAUGGUGCAGUUGUACCCAGUUUAAAAUAAACGCCUGCCUUAAAGGUACCGUCUGCUUUUAUGUGGCUCUCGUCAUAUACAUCAAUGCAACAAAAUAAAUCAAUACACGUGUACUCAAAAUAUUUUUAUUUGUUCUCUGCAUAGAAAAAACAAUUUAAAAACUUGAUCUCAGAGUUUCACUCGACAGGAUCCACGGUCACAAACUUUCCUUGGCAGAGGCACUGUGUGAUACAGGUUAUUCUUAAAGGUUAAAAACGAUUUGUAAAAAAAAACAAGAUCCAAAUAACCAUUUCCUGUGUUGGUGUGUGCAGAGCCAGUGUUUAAAUGCUAAAAUAAGUAUAAAGCGUGUCAGGAAUAUGGAUAUCUCAGACUGCCCUCAACAGUUAUAAUUUAAAAGGGGACGCUUUUAUAGUCAUGUUUUACGAUCAAGUGCGCUGACAAAAAAGAUAAUUUUGUAACUAAAAUCCAAAUGUGCACAAUUACAGAAAGGUACUUUUUUUCCCUCCACGAUAUGCCUCCUUUAAAGAAGUUUGUAUUUUAAAAUGCAUUCAUUGUCAUAAAUGCCUCUAAUUAAAUCAUCUUAAGAAAAGAACAAGUUAACCUGACCUGGACGUUGGUUGUUUCUAAUCCUUCAGACCACAGUGUAAAUAGAGAAAGCACCAGUUUAAUUUAAGUAAGACAAAACUUCCCAAAUGUAGACAGUCAGCGUCAUCUCCCAUCCGAGGCUGCUCAAUAGCAAAUGCACCCUCGGAGUGUAAUCCAUCUCACAACCAAGACGUUUAAACUACGCCAAUCGUUCUCGCGUGUCGGGUAACUGCACAUGCAUGUGAUGUAAAUUACUCACUGCUACGGUCAUUUAAUAUGAUCGGACUAUUAUAGUCCAUUAUAAUCUUGGAUUCCAAGCAUGGCCCCCCACCCACCUUUAAAAGUAGUUUCUAUUUUGCUCAGCUUUCUGCAAGCAUUCAGAUGAAAUGGAGCGCAUGUCAUUCAGCACUCAAGGCGGAAGCAACAGCUGAAAGGAUAGAAUAAAAUGAAUUAUGCGAUAAGUAGAGAAACAAGGUUACAACAAUGAAAUGACAACCCGAUUGAAGGAAGGGUGGAUGGUCCGACUCCUGCUCAUCCGCGUGUGCUCUUCAGAUGGGGCGGCUGUAGCUCAGUGGGGUAAGAGGGCCGUCCUUCAACCGCAAGGUCGUGGGUUCGAUCCCCGCUCUCCCCAUUAGCUGCAAGUCGAAGUGUCCUUGAGCAAGGCACUGAACCCCCAGUUGCUUCCCGGGCGCUUCACCGCAGCCCACUGCUCCUUAAUAACUAAGGAUGGGUUAAAUGCAGAGAACUAAUUUCCCCUUGGGGAUUAAUAAAAGUGUAUAUUUAUUUUA